UCGAUCCAACGGACUCCAUCUACCAUCUUUAACACUGUUUGGCGUGCUGCGUGACCGGUUCUAUUACUGUUUCAAAAGUUUAUGUUCAUAUUUAUGAAUUCUGUGCCUUUAUAUUUCACUACAACGCAAGCUUUAUCAUGAGUACAGAUAGCAUCGAAAAAUUGUAUAAAAACUUUGGCAUUUUAGCUGAUGCCAAAGAUAAGUUAGCCGAACAUGAAAAAGAAUACUUAGAAAUUUUGACCGCUGUCAAAGGAUCAUCCAAAGAGAAACGUUUAGCAUCUCAAUUUAUUGCAAGGUUUUUUAAAUAUUUUCCAAAAUUAGCCGAUCAAGCAAUAGAUGCUCAUUUAGACUUGUGCGAAGAUGAAGAUAUGGCAAUAAGAAAACAAGCUAUAAAAGAUUUACCUACUUUGUGUAAGGAUAACAAAGAAUAUACUGCAAAAAUUGCUGAUAUUUUAGCUCAAUUAUUACAAGCACAAGAUCCAUCUGAAUUAGCAGUUGUACAUAACAGUGUUAUGUCUCUUUUGAAAAGUGAUCCAAAAGGUACAAUAAGUGGAUUCUUUAGUCAAAUUAUUAAUGGAGAUGAUGGAACAAGAGAAAGGUGUAUUAAAUUUUUAGCUACAAAGUUGAGAGCAAUAGGCCAUGAUAUUAUUACUAAAGAACCAGAAGAUUUAUUAAUUGCAGAAUGCAAGAAAGUCCUACAAGAUGUAACAGCCGACGAGUUCCAUAGUAUCAUGGAAGUUCUUAGCUGGACUAGAUUAGGCUCUACUAUUACUGGUCAGCAAGAAUUAAUUGACAUCACGGUAGAACAAGCUGAACUAUCUGUGCCAUUUAAGCAUACAAAUAUUGAACAAUGGAGCCGACUGAUACAAUGUAUCAAACAUGCUCUUCCAUUCUUUAGUUCUCAGAUUGAUUCAUCAAGAUUUGUUUCAUACAUCUGUGUUCAAGUUUUACCACAUUUAUCAUUAAUUAAUGCAUCUGAUGGAAGGGAUAGUCAGUUGGAAUUGUUAAAACUUCUUGCAGAGUUAACUGUAUUUUGUGGAACAAUUGAAAAACCAGAAGAAAAAGUACAACAAUUAUAUAACACACUAAUUACGUAUAUGCCUCUUCCGCCAGCUACAGAGAUAACAGAUGUUCCAAAGUUACAAUUUAGUCAUGUGGAAUGUUUAAUGUAUGCUUUUCACAAACUAUGUAAGCAAACACCUGAAUUUUUGGUAAAAGAUCCAGAACAACUUAAAGAAUUCAGACUUAGGUUGCAAUAUUUUGCUCGGGGGAUUCAAGGGUAUAUAAAAAAAUUGCGUGAAGCAAUUAGUGGCAAGUCUGAAGAAGAAUUAAAUUCAGAAGAGAACCAAUUAAAAGUAGUAGCAUUGAAAACGACAAACAACAUCAAUACUUUAAUUAAAGAUCUAUUUCAUUCGCCACCCAGUUUUAAAAGCAUUAUACAUCUAUCAUGGAAAACAUCAAUGAAUGAUAAAAAGAGUGAAAAAAAUUCUUCAAGUCAAAAAAGACAUACUCCUAUUACAUUUGGAAAUGAUAGUAGUUCCAGUAAACGGAAUAAAGAUGAAAAGAGUAAUAAAAGAGAAAUAUAUACACCUCCAAGCGGGAAAUACAGUUCAAAUAUAUCCUCGAAUUAUGGAAGCCGUGGUAGAUUUAGAGGUAACAGGUCUGGUGGACGAGGUGGCUACAGGCCAAGAGGGCGUAGUACUUGGAGAAAAAGUUUUUACUAAAUAUCAGAUAGUAUGAAAAAGGGAGACAUUUAAAACCGUGUAAUCAUAGAGAGUGAUUCAGUCAGACCUGAAAAAUAUAUGUGUACAGAAAAGUAUGUAGAAGUGUAUUAUCAACAGAAUGUGGUGUUAACGAAUGUGACGGAACGAGUAAAACAUUCUGUGUUCCUUAAAUGUGUGAAGAGUGUUUAUGUGAAUGUCUCAAUUACAUAAAAACCUUAUGAAAACAGACAAGAGAACACAAAUGUUUUCAAAGUGCAGAACAAAAUAUGAAUACUAUUGGAAUGAUUAUUAAAAAACCAACAGCAAAACUUUAUUUGAUAUAAAAUAUGAUACCCACGAUAAUUAUACAUUCAUGAUUACUCUGCUAACACCAAACAAAAUACAAGUAAAUACUUCAAUUUGAUAACAUCUAUAUAUAAAUGAUAUAUAAUGGAAGCCAGUUUAAAUGUGUACAGUACAUGUACACAUAAAUAAUAUGGCUAUAAGAUGAAAUCAUAUAAAAGAAAUGAAAAAUACGAAUAUGAAGGAGUUUAACUAAGAAGAAAGAUACUUCUGUUUCUUAGUGAAAUAAAAAAAUAAUGUCAAAGAUACAUUUUUCUAUUGAAAAUUAAAAUAACAUUAUUAUAUAAAUGUGCUUGAUAACUAUUAUGCACAAGAAGAAUAAGUUCCACAAAAUUGUAAUAUUCUCAUCGAAUCAAGAAAGUCAUAGUGUUUGUGCAGUGUCAGCAGAUAUAUUAGAAGAAAGAGAAUAUUACUCUUUCUAAAAAAUAUGUAAUAUCAAAUUAUUAGCAGUCGUAACAUUUCUCUGUCUUAUCUUAAGUAAAUUUUGUAUCUUGUGCCCUACCCUGUGAAUUUAUUUGUUGGCAGGAAUAAGAUGCAGCUCAUGUUGAGGAAACAGCUGUUAAUGAGAGACAGAAAAAUAUUUAAAAAAAAAAAAAAAAAAAAAAAAAAACAGAAAAAAAAAGAAAAAGAAAGGAAAAAAAACACAAAAGACGUGAUCAAAAAAACAAAAGAUGCUAUCUAUGAUCAUUAUACUAAUUUAUAUAAGCUUCAAAGCUUAUAACUUCCCAAUAUAAUUUUUCUAUUAUUUCUAUCCAUUAUUUUAAUACUUUACUUCAUAUAUUUAAGACAAAUUAUUUAAUAUUUCGAAGGAUCUUCUAUAAGAUCCUCGAGUAAAUAAAAAUUUCAUGUGUGUUAAGUAAAAAGUAUAUAGAUCCUAAAGUUUCUUUGAUCAUGAUCUUAUAAAAUUUAUUUAAAAUAUUUUCUAUUUUACAGAAGCUGUACAAGAGUGGAAGCUGAAGGAAAAAAAAAAUUUAUGUAAAAAAUAAUCGUUUCAUUUUACAGAUAUCUGAUGAGGACAUCAAAAAGAAGUUUCCAGAUGCUUGUAAUAUUAUAGAUAACGUUUUUUAUUGCAGGAGGUGUUCUAAAAUUUUGUAUGUAUUGUAUUGUACUUUGAUUAUAGCUGCUCAUAAGGUGAGUUUUAGGUACUCCUCCUUCCUUGUCCUUAAUUGAAUUCAUUAAUUCAUUUUUUGUAAUUCUGCAAUAUAAUCUUAUUAAUAUAAUAAAUAAUGUUAUACUCUA